AUGCCUCGUCGAUCUGGUGGUGGAAUGCGUUCAUCGUCUCCUUCUCGAGCUCCUCCUCCACCUCCACCUCGUGCUAUUGCACGUCCACCUCCAGCUGCACCAGCUCCAAUGAUGGCUCCACAAGGUCGUCAACCUGGUUUAUUUGGACAAAUGGCUGCUACAGCUGGUGGUGUUGCCAUCGGUUCAGCCGUUGGACACACCCUCGGUGCUGCAAUUACUGGUGGAUCUCGUGGUAAUGAUCAACCAGUUGCUACACAAGAAACAGCCGGUCCAAAUGCUCAAACAUUAUAUCAAACACCAAAUGAACGAUAUACUGUUGAACGAUGUAAUUUAUAUCAAAAAGAAUUUAUGAAAUGUCUUGACCAAGCUAAUGGCGAUUCAUCACAAUGUCAAGGCUUUUGGGAAGCAUUAAAAGAAUGUCAACGUUUUCAAGGCGCCAAUGCAACACUCUAA